GCGCCCCCGCCCCCUUGCUCGCUCCUUCCCGCCCUCCCCGCAGCGCCGGCCGAGCCGGCUUCCCCUCGGUCUCUCAUGAAUAUUGAGCGGCCCCUGUUGUAUUUCCCGAGCUCCAUUGCGGAAGCUGAGGCUCGCCAUAUUGUGCGGCGGCGCCGGCGGCCGCGGCGGCUUAUACUCGACUCUCACUCCGGCCGCGGCCAGCGGAGCCCCGGGCUGGGGCAGGAGCCGCAAUGUCUCAGGCUGUGCAGACAAAUGGAACUCAGCCAUUAAGUAAAACAUGGGAACUCAGUUUGUAUGAGUUACAACGAACACCUCAGGAGGCAAUAACAGAUGGUUUGGAAAUUGUGGUUUCACCUAGAAGUCUGCACAGUGAAUUAAUGUGCCCAAUUUGUUUGGAUAUGUUGAAGAACACUAUGACUACAAAGGAGUGUUUACAUCGUUUUUGUGCUGAUUGCAUUAUCACAGCUCUCAGAAGUGGCAACAAAGAAUGUCCUACUUGUCGGAAAAAGCUGGUUUCCAAGAGAUCACUAAGGCCGGACCCAAACUUUGAUGCUCUAAUCAGCAAAAUUUAUCCUAGCCGUGAUGAGUAUGAAGCUCAUCAAGAGAGAGUAUUAGCCAGGAUCAACAAGCACAAUAAUCAGCAAGCACUCAGUCACAGCAUUGAGGAAGGACUGAAGAUACAGGCUCUGAACAGACUUCAGCGAGGCAAGAAACAACAGAUUGAAAAUGGUAGUGGAGCUGAAGAUAAUGGUGAUAGUUCACACUGUAGUAAUGCAUCCACACAUAGCAAUCAAGAAGCAGGACCUAGUAACAAACGGACCAAAACAUCAGAUGAUUCUGGACUUGAACUUGACAACAAUAAUACAACAGUGGCAAUUGAUCCAGUCAUAGAUGGUGCUAGUGAAAUUGAGUUAGUAUUCAGGCCACACCCCACACUUAUGGAGAAAGAUGACAGUGCACAGACAAGAUACAUAAAGACUUCAGGUAACGCCACUGUUGACCACUUAUCUAAGUAUCUGGCUGUGAGACUAGCUUUAGAAGAACUUCGGAGCAAAGGAGAAUCAAACCAGAUGAACCUUGAUACAGCCAGUGAGAAGCAGUAUACCAUUUAUAUAGCCACUGCCAAUGGCCAGUUCACUGUAUUAAAUGGCUCUUUUUCUUUGGAAUUGGUCAGUGAGAAAUACUGGAAAGUGAACAAACCCAUGGAACUUUAUUAUGCACCCACAAAAGAGCACAAAUGAGCUUUUACUAAAAAUGAUUUAUGAGAAUGAACUUUUUUAUAGCCUAGUUCUUUAAUAUUAAAGAUGUACCGUCAUUACUUUUAUGGACAGAAUCUUGGAUUUGCUGUUCAAUUUUUUUCUGAGCCAGACUAGUUUAUACUAUUAGAGUCUUUCCCCUUAAUUUAAGAUUUCCCUUUUGGAAGGGACUACAAUUAAUACUUUCUUUUCCUUUUGAAAAAACAAACAAACAUUUUUUUCCCCUUCUUUCCUCUAAAACUAUAGUUCCAUUUUGAGGACUUUUUUGACCUAGGUGUUUUCCAUAGUUAUGUAUUUUGAAGUGAAAAUUCAGUUAGACAUCCUUCUCUCUGUCCCAAUGUUUUUUGUACCCAAAGAAUGUCAAAAUAUGUAUUCUGACUUUCCCCUCUUCCCAGAGUCUUGUAUAUUUAUAGUUUUCUAUAUGAGCUAUAAUAUCUUCUUGAAGACCAAGACUCAAAUUUAUCGUACUUAAAAGACAAUUCUCAUAGGAUUAUUAUUUUCAUGGUAUUUUCUUCCAUAAGAUCUCGUUUUUGAAAGAAGUUCUAUAUUAAUUUCGUGUCCAUUGUCAUGCAGUGCUCUUUUUUCCUUAUAAUAAUCUUGGAAAUUUUGAUCCUGGGGAAGAGAAUAAAAAUCUCAAGUUCAGUGAGAACUUGAUUCAUAUAUAGAUUCGCUAUGAAAGAAAAAUUAAAUCGGUCAUUUGUAGUCUUUGAAUGUGUAUUUAAAGUGGUCUUUUUUUGCUAUAAGUUUCAUUGUCACUUCAGUUUCUUAAUUAUACGUGUUUGAUGUCUUUGUUUCUUGAAAUACCAGAGAUAAGGAGAUAUUUUGCACUUUAGCCUGAUGAAAAGUACAAGAUAUGUUCAAAUCUUCCUUAAUUUUUUUCUUAAUAGUAGCCAUGUAAGUUCCAAGAGGAAAGUAGCACAUAGAAUGAACAGUGAAAAAAAGUUGGUUUUCUAUUGAAAAAUGUGUUUAACAAUUUAGGUUGCUACAUCAGUUUAUAAAUUUGGUGCUCUACUAAUUAUACUUUCAAGGAGGAGGUUAACUAGGACUUCAGCCCCUUUA